AUGGAUCAUGGGGAUCGAGGGAUGGGUGUCUCUCAUCUGCGCUAUGAGGAGGAAGAGGGUGAGUGCAGUGAAUAAAGUUCAUUUAAUAAUAUAAUAAUAAUAUAAUUAUAAUAUGAUAAAAUAUAAUAAAAUAACAUAAUUUGGGCCACUCCAUUUUAAAGCUCUUGUUGGGAACUUUCUAUCUGUGUCGAUUUUUGCGCCCCCCUGUGGACAAUGUGGUAAUUCUUAUAUCCUUGGUUAUCUCAUGUUGUCCUUGUGAAAGUGGUAUUAAUUAACAAAAAACUCCUCCUUAUAUAUAUAUAUAUAUUUUUUUUUUGUUCAUUUAUUAUUCACUCACUGUGAAUAUUUGCGAUGGAGAAGAUAAGAGAGAUUAUGUCUUAUUCAUAGCUGCCCUCUGACAGAAGUUACAGGUGUUAAAAACUGGAUAUAGAAACUGUAAUCCUGUUCAUUUCAGUCUGUUUCAUUAACCUGAAAAAACUCCUCAAAAAUAUCAAACACAGAAACAGUUUAAUAUGAUCACAUAAGUAUGUCAGGCCAGAUUAUGGCCAUAAUAAAUCACCAGUUUGUCACAUUUAACAGAAGAUCAUUGUUAGUGUGCAAAUUUAGCGUCUUUAGCUGUUUUUAUUAUUAAUGUUUAAAUUGUUGAGAAAUAGUGAAUUUAAACACAGACCUUUUUUGUCACUUUAGGGGAAUAUAAAGUUGAGACAAAACUGAUCAAAUGUUUGGUGGACUUGAAGAUAAACUUUUGACUUUUGGUUGCAAAACAGUCACCUGUGCAAAUAACAUAUACUGGCUUUAUAACCCUGAUUACAUGGGUCUGUUAUAUUGAAAUUUCAUGGCAUUAACUGUGUUAAAGACUUAAACCUUAUAUAUUAAAGGACUUCAGUUCAACGUCUCACUGUUCUAAUGUUUAUAAGUGAGGCCUCAUCUUCUGUAGUGUGCUAAUUCAAGGACUCUGUUCUCCAGGGACAGUAUCUCUUCUUAAGCUUUGCUGACUCAGUUGGUCGUGUGUUUUAUGGUUUCUUUCAAGUCUUGAAAAAGGACUCAGACUCAGGCUGCUCAAUAGGGUUUCCUCUAUUUGAUAGCCUAAGUGCAGUCAUGAUGUUGUCUGCCAUUGAGGAGGAAAGACAGGGUUUUGUGUUUUCUGUUAUGGGUAGACAACCUUGACUCACAUGAAGCAGAAAAAUGGCUCAGACACCACUUUACCAUGGACAUCAUACAUGUCUGUGUCUGUGGUUUGUACUGUUAAUAUCUGGUAGGCCAAGAAGUCACUGUUGGCAAAUUUGUUUUCAAUCCUGUGUGUAAGAUUGACUGCCAUGCUUUCUUUCUGAGUCCUUAUUUGGCAUUGUGUAGUCGUCUACCUGCUCAUAUAACCAUCUAGAAACUGUCCAUCUCGCUCCCCAGACCAUCAGUCCAUCUACAUCGGCGUCCCAGUGCCUCGAGGAUACAGACGCAAACGCAGAAGACGGCGCUCUAGUCGUGAGAGUGCCGACGUGGAGAGAGAUAGACACUAUAACCAUCACAGACACCAAGAACAUGACCACUACAGAGACAUAGAGGAGGGACUGGACUCGAACGAGCAGAGCCUUCAAGACAUCCAUCGCACAAGUAAGAGACAGAAAAUGACCCUCGACAAAAAAAUCACUUUUAUAUUCACUUAUAUGGCAACAAAAGUUCACAACUUUACUACUAAAUACAUUUAAAAUAAGGACCUUAUUGCAUGCUUUCCAAUAACAUAUCCUCGAAUAUGACCACACUUUUACAUGACCUGACAAAUACAGAGUGUAAAUACUGAAAGAGGCUGCAAAACUGUUUCAAAGUGCUGUUCAAUAAAACUAUCUACAUGUAAAUUAUCUCACAUUUAAAAAAUAAAAACCUUACAAAAUGAUCCAGUACCUCAGAUCGACACAAAAAAGCAUAUGAAUAAUAUGCAGCUGUAGUCAAAUGUUUGUGUUUUUACCAUCUAGUGAUUAGGACGUGGUGCUGUCAUCUAAAAAGUUAAAAUGGCACCAAAGUUUCAUAAAAAGGGUGAAAUUUUCCACAUAUAUGAGCCAUACAGGGCUUUUAUUCCUUGGCUUUUGACCCAGCAUGAGACGGCAUUUGUUUUAUUACUUUUUUAUUGCUUUUUAUUAUAGUUUAAAACAACUAUUUAUUGUUGUGUUAUGUUUUUAUGUUAUAAUGUACAGCUUUGGUUGUAUUUAAAGUACUCUAUAAAUAAAGUUGAGAGUUGAGUUGAGCCGGACUGUGUCACAUGCAGAUGUUAACUUCUGUUGUAGAGUUGCCGUUCAGAUACUUUGCCUAAUUUGCUCACUGCAGCCUGUGGUGUUGGAUCUAAUGUUCUCGCUGUUGCGGUAACUUCACGGUCGUCAUGGUGAUGGUUUCUCAGUACAUGUCAAUCAUCGCUGCUGAAAGUCUGAAUAAAAGACAAUCAGACAACAAAAGUUGGAGAGAAGAAAAAAGUCAGUUUCCAUCCUUGUUCCCAUGACAACGAGAUUAUUCAAAGUAGCCAAUGAGAAGUUGUCCUUUGUAACCUUUAUUUAUUUGGUGUUUUAUUUCCUUUUGCACUAUGGAUUCCAUCGUCACCUUCCAUUCAGAAAAAAUAACACAUAAGUGGGAUUCACUGUUUGCUGACGUCGAUGCGGCUUUUCAAUAUCAUUGACUUUAACCCCGCUCAGUGUAAUUACUGUACAGCCCGGCCUUUAGGUAAAUGGCGGUAUGUCCAUUUGACAGCUUGUCACCCUGCAGCCCCGUUCUCCAACAAAUGUUCAGCUUCCACGCAGCCGUGACAGUGAUUGAUGAUCUAUAGGUUACAUCUGAUCAGCUUCAGCAAGCCACAGCCGCCUGUCAACAAAGAUCAUUAUGGAAGCAAAAUACACAUGAUGCACUUUUUGUUUCAUGUUGACAGUGUCUCCAGCGGCAGAGCGCCUGCGUUACAUCCUGAGUGAAGAUGACGACGUACCUACGCCGACACUUUUCACAGAAAUGGACACUCUACAGCGAGAGGGAGAUGAGCUGGAGUGGAAGGAAUCUGCCAGGUAGAUGAUCUGAUCCGUGGACACCGUAGAGACACGUGGCUUAGAGAAAUCUCCGCAGUCGUGUAACUCUCUGUUGUUUUUCCUGUCCUCAGAUGGGUGAAGUUUGAGGAGAAGGUGGAAGAGGGAGGAGAACGAUGGAGUAAACCACAUGUGUCCACUCUUUCCCUGCAUAGUCUUUUUGAGCUCAGGACAUGUCUCCAGACGGGGACGGUGCUGCUUGACCUUGAAGGCUACUCGUUGCCUCAGAUUGUUGGUGAGCUCUUCAUCUGAUUCACUCAAUACGUCACUGUCAAGCAGGGCUUGGCGAUAAAACGAUAAAACAUGCAAAAAUUAAUUUCCCUCAAUAUCAAUAUAAAACAUGGUCAAUUUCCUUUUCGAUAGCCGGCAUUCUGCCAUGUUUUGGUAGACUAUAUGAAUAGCCAACGAAAGCAGGGUUGCUAUCGCCCAGCCCUAGUGUGAAGUUAGUUUAGACACUCAGACUAAACAGACUGAACUUGUACUUCCCCUUUUUACUUUUCUGACCACUCAAAACACUUUUAUGCAACAUGUCACAAUCAUUCAUUCACAUUAUAUUCAUACAGUCAUGGUAGCAUUAAGUGACACAGAUGGGAUCUGAGCUGGGAUCAAACCACCAACCUUCUGCUCAAGGACUACCAGCUCGACUGCUGAACCUCAGCUGCCCCAGUACUGAUCUUAAUGUCACACAGUGACACACAAACAAGUUUGCAGAAUUACAUGGUAUGCUUUUCCAGGAACUUGCCCUUAAAUGGAUAUUGAUUUCUGCCGCUUGAUGUGGAUUUGUGCUGCAUGAACGCCGUGGAGUACAAAUCCGGUUGAUUUACGCUCACACACAAAGUACAGCGAUAGUGAAAUCUAAAUGUGUCCUUUUUUUUAAGAUGACAUUGUUGAGCGACAAAUCGAGGAAGGCAUGAUAUCACCUGAGCUCAGAGAGAAGAUCAGUUUUGUCCUUCUGAGGAAACAUCGACACCAGACAAAGAAGCCAAUCCACCGCUCGCUAGCAGACAUGGGGAAGUCCAGCUCCACGACCAGUGAGUGUCCACAUCCCUGAUGAUUUCAAAUGAUCAUCUGUCUCCAUAAUUCCUGGUCUGUUGUACAUAAUCCAUUGUAUCCCCCCUAGUGUUUGAGAUAAGGAAACCCAGUUUAAUUUUGAUGAUGGGUUCAUAGUCAUUCUGCAUCUUUUUUAGCUUCUGAAAGGCGUCAUUUACUGUAUCUGACUUCUAGCUGUUUGACUUUAAAAAUGACUGAAUGCACACCUGCAGUCAUCCUCGCCUGGGGGGUAUAUCAGUGUUUGAUGACUGUUACACCUCAUCACAUCUGGACAGAGAACAUAUACCUGAUGGAUCAUGACUAAUUACCUCAGAUCACUUGGUAUCAAUUUCAAGUCAACUCAAGUUUGACAUAUACAGAAAAAAGAAAACAUUGCUCUCCAGUCCACACAACCAGAAAACUGAUCUACAUCUCCAUCUAACAUUGGCAUCUAUGUCCAUGUUUCUCAACUUGCAAGAUCGAAAUGUUGGGGCCAGAGCGGCACAGGGUCCAGGGCCGGGUUCAGGGCCAAUAGGCAAUUUUAACCGAUCAACAGAAGAUCUCAGAAUGAAACAACAACAGCCGCCAAACUACGGUCGCCUGCGUGAGUCUGUUUUUGAGCUUCUAUUUUGUGGUUUCGUUUCACAUGCAUGGGUGAUGCAUUCUGUCCUUUUUAAAGGUCGAAGUUUGUUUAAGAUUCUUUACAGCCAAAUCUUUACAUGAUUUUCAACAUGUAUGAUCCUUGCUGGGCUGAAAAACCUACAAAAGAAAGUCAUUGCAGCUUAGUGGGGAGUUUUUUUUUGUUGUUGGAUGCUUCUUCAAAGAAGUCUUCAAACUUGAGCUCUUUACUUAAGUAAGACAUUCAUACUGAGAAUACAGGAUGAUCAAACCUCUUCAUUAACCAAUCCAAAAGACAGUUAACAUGUUCAGAUAGUUUCAUCUUGACCAAUAACUGAAAUCAAACAGUCGGACUGUUGUCACUGUAAACUUUUACUAAACUUCCUGGACACCUUUUUGGAUUGUUCAUGAAUUCUCAUGAAGCGUGUUUGUGUUGUUUUGUCAAGUCUAAUUGAGUUUUUGCAAGAUAUUAAACUUUUUACUGUUAAUAUAUAAUUUAAUAUCCCUAACUGUUCUUCUUGUUUUGUUCUCCAGGUCACGCCCAGAGUAGAAGUAUGAACGAUAUUGCAGAUACUCCCAGCACAGACCAGGUGACUCUAUCUCUCUAUCUCUCACACAUCCAUCUGAGAUAAAGUCAAAAACAUCAUUCGAUCAAAAUUUAAGCAGUGCGUUUUUUUUUCUUUUUUUUUUUACUGGAGUGGUUUUUCAGAAAAACUGGGAUAUUUCCUGGUGGACCUGACUGGUAUUAGGGCCACCAAUGCUGGUUUACACUAACAAUAUAAACUAGAUAUCUUAUACAGACUGAACUUCAUGAAAAAGUGGUAUGAGAAAAUGAAGUUCCUCCACAGCCAAACAAGAAAACGAGGCAUCAAACCAAGCGGUGGAGAACAAGGUUUAUCAUCAUAAAGAGUAAAUUAAAAAAAUCACAAAAACUAAAAUCACAAAAACUUUUUUGUUAACCGGAAUAAAAAAGACAUUUUUAUUCUGUUUCCGUUAAAGAAAAUCCUCUCUCUUCACUGAUCUGGAUUGAUCAGCCUACUGUUUGUUUAUGGCCUGUCGAUGGUGGACAGGGUGGCCUUUGGCGAUCCACAUUGACUUAAUGGCAGAGAGAGCACCGCUCUACACGGACAUACAUCCUUGACAGGAUCUCUAACAGAGCUGAGUCCCUGUCUUUCACUGUAGCUUCCUGUAGAUUCCAUCAGCAGAGCUCUCCGUUCAACAUCGACCCAGCUCAUACAUGAGCCCACACACCAAUACACAGCAUUUAUUACCGCUGAUGUCUCUAACACUGGCUGUAUAGUUAGCCACAUACAUUUUUUACAUAUUGUCAGAUUUUUAAUGUCGCUCCUGCCAAGUUUUCCAUGUUAACAACAAAAAGCAACUAAAAUAAACUAAUCAAAAGUACAUUCAAACUUGUCACUUUAGGGGGGAAAAGAGUACAUUAAAAUCCAGCCUUAAAAUUAAUUAAAGCUAAAUACAAAUCAAAGUCAAAAUGUUAUAUUGAUAUUAAUAUGACUGGGUAACAGUCCACUUAUAUUAUGGUUAGCUCUGUAUUAAUUAAAUUCACUCGUUUGUACAAAGAGAGUAAAAUAACAAGACUUAAUGUUGACAUUUUAUCUCACAUUAUGACACAUUAUCUUAUAAGUCUGACUUUUUAUUUACUAAUAAUUACUACUGGGACAUACUGGUAUAGUACUGGUAAGUCAAAUACUAACAUGCCUGUUACGAUGUUUGUCAACUUGGAAAUGUUAUAUUUUGGUAAAAUACACGAACAAAGUUUCAGAGACUCAUGCUCCAUCUGGAGUCUGUAUACCAGUAAGGCUAAAAUUAUAAAUCUCCAGUCAAAGUUGUGGUCUGAGCCGUAAAAUCCCAGACUGAAAAUGAGUCCCACUUCAGCCUUGGCUCGCAUGCAACUCUGGACGAGUGAGCAUCAUCUGGCUUCACGCGACUCGUGCUGGCGUCUGUCUCUCUUGGCUUCAGUGUUGCUGGAAGUCCAGCAGCUGUGAGGCACACACCAGUUCUUACUUUUUGGUCUGUUUUUGACCAGCUGUGAGCGUUUUUAGUGUUUAGAUUAGUUUUGGGGAUACUAUUUGACAUGCUCACAACAUUUUCACCCUCCACUUUUGCAUCUUGACAACAUUUAGUUUCUGUCUUUCAUUUUGGCAAAAAAUGUCCAUUUUUGUGCGGUAUAAAACUCCUCAGCUUCUCCUUCUUUUUCUUGUGUUGUCUCAGGAAGGCAUUUUGUGGUCAAGUUUGAGUUUUUAAGUCGUUACUCUGUCAUUGCAAGACUAAAUGAAAAGGACAGUUUCUACAGAUUUGUAAAACAUUCAUGCAUGCUUCGACCAGCAUGCUGUUAUCGCUCGGAUUAGGCUCCUGUACUCUACUGUCAUCUAAAUGACUGAUGUCCAAAGAUUAAUAAAUGACGUAGUGUGAUGUGGACGAUGAGCCCCGUUUUGUGGAACUAUCAGGAAAAGUUCUGGCUAUUCAGUUCAAAGUGCCCUCGUUGUAAGUGGUUGGCAAAUUGUCUCUACCAUCCUGCAGUAGGUCACAUGUGACAACGGACAAGUGAUAGUUUAAUACUUUGCGUUUCUGUGUGUGUGUGUGUGUGUGUGUACCAUACUGUCUGUGUCGAUAUUGAGCUGGCACAGGAAAAAUGGAUUUCACUGUCCAGUCCGCGUGCCGGGCCCUCACAUGUAGCCGCAGAUUUGACUGUUGGUUAUCAGUAAGGCCUUCAGUAUUGAGUGUUGUUGCACUGCUGUCCUAUUUCCUGCCACACCUUUACAUGCAAUCAAACAGAGCAGGUUUGUUUACUGUUUGACAUUUGCCAGCCUACAUUUCAUCUGCUCCGAUUUAUUUAUUUCAUGUCUAAUGAUUGUUGUUUCCAGUAAGCAUACUCUGUGUUCAUUUAGACUGAGACUUUGACUUUCUUUAAUUGUAUAUCCAUCUCACAGCAUGAUGGUGUUUCAUUUAAUAUAAAGAAAAGUAAAAACAAUAAAAACUAAGGGUAAAAAAAUAGCAGCAUGGUGAGUAAUAUUAAACUUUCUGGAGGUAGAGUGGUCAUGGAAUAAAAACAAAUAAAUAAAAGUAUAUAUAAAAAGAUAUAUGUUCUUAUCUACACAGAAUAAAUAAUAAUUGUUACUGUUUUGUGUUUUUGAUAUGAUUUCCUUAAAAUUGUGUUAUUGAUUUUUAUGGUUUUGUUGGAUUCUUUUUGGCCUCUUGCUGACACGUCUUUUACAUUUUCAUAAUCAGGCUUAAUUUAAGCUUAUACGUGUGCUCAUAAAUUAAUAAAUAAAAGGUAUGAACUAUUAAUUUAUUUCAAGAGUUGAUAUUUUGGCUUAUUGUUUCAGCUUUAAAAAAAUGAAAUAAAAACCCACAUCCGUGAAGAUAUGGAAAAGCAAUUAAUGUAAAGAUAUAAUCCAAAACACAACAGAAUCUAAAUCUAAUAAAAGCAGAAGUACAAACUUGGACAAACUUAGACCAAAAAAACAUUAUGAUCGUACUUGACCUUCAUUUUCUCUCUUUGUUGCAGCUAAAAAAUAAAUUCAUGAAGAAAAUCCCGAGGGAUGCAGAGGCCUCCAACGUCUUGGUGGGUGAAGUUGAUUUCCUCACCAAACCUUUCGUCGCCUUCGUUCGCCUCGCUCAAGCGACAACUCUAGGCGGUCUGACGGAAGUCCCUGUUCCCACCAGGUAAAAUUACCUACAGAGUCCUCGCCUCCUCAUUCUCACUUUAUAAUGAGUUUUUUUUUUUAGAGGUCAUUUUAGAACAUAACUCACACAUGUCUCACCUAUCUGCAGAUUCCUGUUUAUUCUAUUGGGACCCCAAGGAAAGGCCAAGUCCUAUAAUGAGAUCGGCCGAGCCAUAGCAACUCUGAUGGUGGAUGAUGUAAGUGUCUAAAAUGCUUUCGAAAUGUUUUAACAGACUGCAUUUUUAAAAACAUGAAAUACAAUUUUAAAGCUACUAUAGGGAGUUUUUUUUAUGUUUGUGAUGUUUGAUUUUCAGUGAUAUAAAGUUGCUCUGAUUAGUCAGGGGCCGUUUUAGCAAGCGGGAUGAUCGCCACCGUGACAGAAAGAAGGUACACAGGCUUAAUCUUCAACUUUCGUCCCUCUCUCUCAUGUCAGCUCUUCAGUGAUGUUGCCUAUAAAGCCAGAGAUCGAGAGGACCUCAUUGCAGGCAUAGACGAGUUUUUGGAUGAAGUGAUCGUACUUCCACCCGGAGAAUGGGAUCCCAAAAUCCGCAUUGAGCCGCCUAAGAAAGUCCCCUCAGCCGACAAAAGGUCAGAGUUUCACCAUCAUUAACUCUGAGAUUUGUUGUAUGUUGAAAAGUUGAGUAACUAACCAAUCACAGUGAGUUGUUUUAAAUAGCUUCGAUGUCUGUUUUGUGUCUUUUCUUUAGAAAGUCUGUGUUUUCCUUAAAUGAGCUGGGACAGAUGAACGGUACAGCUGGAGGAGGAGGAGGUGGUCUCGCUGAGGACGAGGAGAUGCCAGUGCAGCAUGAGCUCGGGGAGGAGCUGGCGUUCACUGGGCGGUGUGUAGUUUUACAUAAAUACCUCAUAAAUGCUCAAGCUAAUAACUAAAUAUUUUGGGUUAGUCCAGGGUGGGGAAACUCUGUUUUCUCCUUCUUCAGACUGAGUGUUAUUAUUCAGUGAAAAGCUGAUUGUCUAAAGCCUUGAUGUGUUUCUGUGUGCGACAGCUUCUGCGGUGGUCUGUACCUGGACAUCAAAAGGAAGCUGCCGUGGAUCCCGAGUGAUUUCUACGAAGGUUUCCACAUUCAGUCCAUCUCAGCCGUGCUCUUCAUCUACUUAGGGUGCAUCACCAACGCUAUCACCUUCGGAGGCCUACUGGGAGACGCUACGGACAACUACCAGGUGAGAAACGGAGACGGUGAAUGAAGACAAUAAUCAAGAAAGUCUUUUAUACAAUUGGUGAAUCAGGAUCAUAACUCAAUCUGACAACCGAAGCACGGCCCAUAAUCUGAGAACCGAACCAGGACAUUGAUGAUCUGCUGCCUGUAUACAGCAACAUCUAAGCUAACAUGAGGCUUGCUUUGCUAGUUUUAACAGUGUCCCCUCUAAGUAAGACAUUUCCAGCUCUUAUUCUCCUUCUCUCUGUAUCUAAUGAACUUCCUCUCCUCGCCCGAUCUUCCACCAGGGUGUGAUGGAGAGUUUCCUGGGAACGGCUCUGGCUGGCUCAGUCUUCUGUCUCUUCAGUGGUCAGCCCCUUAUAAUCCUCAGCUCCACCGGGCCGAUCCUCAUCUUCGAAAAGCUCCUGUUUGAGUUCAGCAAGUGAGAUUCUUUAGAGUCAAUGUUCUCGCUGGGUAACUGGGGAGUAAACACAGAUACCGACUGUAGAAAGGUGCAGAAUUGGGAUGUUUGUAUCAGUAUUUUACAUAAACUGUUUCUUUGACGUCUCAUUUUCAAAGGAACAACAGCAUAGAUUACAUGGAGCUGCGUCUUUGGAUCGGCAUCCACUCCUGCUUGCAGUGUUUUAUCCUAGUCGCUACAGACGCUAGUUACAUCAUCAAGUACAUGACACGCUUUACUGAGGAAGGCUUCUCAAGCCUCAUCUCCUUCAUCUUCAUCUCCGACGCCAUCAAGAAGAUGGUGGGCUCCUUCAAAUAUUAUCCCAUCAACACUGACUUCAAGCCUGACUACAUCACGGCUUACAAGUGCGAAUGCCUGGCGCCAGACCCGAGUGAGUUCACCCCUUGGCUCAGGGAAAUAAAGCCGGAUUAUCUACAAGACAGAAGUGUGGCAAAGUUAUGUUCUUGGGCUUGGUGGAGUGACUCACCAGGUUAUAGAGGAGGGUACAAUAUUCUGUAUUUGGUUUCAAAAGAAAAUUUUCCCAGUCAUCGUGGCAUAAACAAAUGGUUGCAAAAGUCAGGAGUGAACGUUACUUUGACAGUAACACAGUUAACAAAAUCAUUAUAUUUAAAAUAAUGUUACUAUUCUUGAGUAGGUAACUUCAAGAAAAAAGAAAAAACUCUGUUACUGAAUGGAAACCAUGUUUACUAAUUCUCAAAGGUGAACUUUGGUGUUUUUCCAUGAGUUUGUUUGUGUUUGACUGAUCGGGAGAGCGAUUUUAAAUGAAUGAAUCUACUAUAACGUAGUUUGACCGUGCAACUGUGCAUCAUCUGACUGCAUCCACUACAAGUGUUUUAUUUUACCUUCUUUCCCUGUGGGCGUAGGAUCACAGCACCCACAGGAACACCACUCAUCUCUAAAGUUUUGCAGCCUUGCAGCUGCUGGUUUGCCUCGAGCUCUCCUUGUUUGCUAAUCGACUUGUAGAAGAUCUCGACCUUCCUCAAACAAAUAGGUUCGGCUAUCGUAUUUAGAUACUUCGUCCACACUGCUCCUUGACUCUCCUGGUGUCACUCACGUGUCCUUCAUUGUCUUCCUGCAACAAGUGAAACGUCAGAACAAAAGUUUAUCCAAUUUCAAAAACUGUUCUCCCCAUCAGUCGAGCAAACACAAACUCAUGAGAAAAUGUCCACUCAUGCAUCCACUAGGGAUGGGCGAUAUAGGCUAAAAAAAUUAAUCAUGAUUAAUAGCAGCAGAUCCACUGUCCAAUAGCUGCGUUUACAUGGGCGCAAAUAAUCGGAAUAAAUGCCCAAUCGGAAUAAAAAAGCGGCAUUUAAACAUGUCGAUCAGAAGAUUCUGAUCCAAUUAUGCACAAUUGGAAAGAAAUUGUAUUCCAACUGAGAGGGGUGGUUUAUCCCGUUAUUCCAAAACGCAUCCAGGUAAACAUUUAUUCCGAUCGUGACUCUCUUACCUGACUCGAUCUUCACUCUUUAGCCUUUGGUUUAUUUAUUGAGGUCAGUUCAGGAGGUUUCAUUAUUAACACUCUGGCAUAAAACACAACUGCAGGUGCUGUGUCUGCUCCUCCGAUAACAUAACAAGGCAUACAUACAGCGUAAUGAUGUCACAUCUGCACGCACAGUGCAACCUUUAACAGAUCAGUAAAAUAAGUACGCAAGGGCGCCAUCUAGUGACAACAUUUACGUAAAUACAACUCUUCUUCUGCGGUUGUUUUAGCGAAAUCAAACAACUGCGCAUGUCUAAAUGCUUCUAUUCUGAAUAAAACUUGGUGCAUGUAUACACAUGUCAUGAUCGGAUUUUUAAUUUUGUACCCAUAUAAACAGUGGAUUCAGAUUAUCUGAUCCUUCAAAUUUUCAAUCGGAUCAAGAAAUUUUGCCCAUGUAAACGUGGCUAAUGUCAGACAUACCUGAUUGCAUUUGUCUAAACUACAAUCUUGAAGGAAAUCCCUCAUGUGGAGCCUCGAUUAGCAACGACCUGCUCAGAGACGUCUUAUCGUGAGAUGGCAAAUAUUUAUCGUGGAGGAAUUUUCUGACGAUAUUUUAUCAUCCAUCCGUACCAUCCGCUCCUUUUAGAAAUGUCAGCUUUAGCAGUUAUUUCUUGGCACGUAGAUUUCUGUAACUGAUUUGUCUCUUGUUUUGUUUUCGCCAUGCAUUAACAAUUUGGCUGCCAUCUUCUGCAAGUAAGUACCUCACUGUCUGUCUGCAUUGGCUUCACAGUGCUUUUUGUAAAGUCCAGAAGCUGGAUUCUCAUUAUGUUUUGAAUUUGUGUUUUUUUUUUUCCUUCCCUCUUGUUUCUCGACCCGCCCCUCUUCAUUUGUUCUAUCAUUACCUCCCCGUCUCUGUUGUCUCUCACCAAUUCAUAAACAGUGGCUGCAAUGAUCUUCAAUGGUUUAGUUCCAAUGCCAGAUAACAGCUCUAGUGUCUCUGGGGUAAGUGCUUGUUUUGAUUCACUUUUCCUUCUUUAAACUGAAAUGACCACAAUGCUACAAAAGAGACAUAAUGGUUUAUUUACAGUCAGAACUGACAAAGACAAACAGACUGACAAAGAAGUUGAUAGGUUUUCCUUUUUCUUUCCUUUGUUUCUCACCAUCUCCUCUUUAACUCUCCCUCUGGAGUUUAACUUCUCAUUUGACUGUGCCUACACCUACAUCUUUUUCAAAACACUUGACUCUUCUCCAUCCUCUUCUCUCCUACACUGCCACCCACCACCCAGUUGAAUGUGACAGCUCUGGACUGGAGCCAGUUAAGCAAGAAGGAGUGUCUGAAGUACGGCGGCUCUCUCGUGGGGAAGUCUUGCAAGUAUGUUCCAGACCUGGCUCUCAUGUCCUUCAUCCUCUUCUUCGGCACCUACUCCAUGACAGUGUCCCUCAAGAAGUUCAAGUUCAGCCGCUACUUCCCUACGAAGGUGAUGAAGUUAUAAAAAUGCAAACACAUGUACUGCAAACUACCAAAGUGCUAAAUGACAUCAUAAACUGGAGUCUCUGUUGACAAUGGGCUUUGUGUAUAUAAUCAGUGGUCUGUCCUGCAUUUCCGUGCACAGUCUAAAUUUGUUGUUAACUUAAGUUUCAUUUCAGCAAGUCAUUUAUGGUGUCCAAUCAGAUUUUUUCUUUGCCUCUACUUAUAAAAAUCUUUUUUUUCUUCUCUUUUAAAUAUUUUUUUUGUCUCUGUUUUUAUUCUGACACCAGUUGAGGAAACUCAUCAGUGACUUCUCGAUCUUCAUGUCAAUCAUGACCUUUGUUGGGCUUGAUAUGCUGAUAGGCCUCAAGACUCCGAAAUUAAUCGUCCCGACAGAAUUCAAGGUACUUCUCAACUUUAAUUUUAUUUAUUUAUUUAUUUCAUUUAAAAAUAAAAAGAAACAAUUUGAUUUAAAUACAAAUAGUCUCCUAUCUUGAAUGAAAGGGAGCAGAGGCAGACUAAUAUAAUCUUAUUUUAUCUGCCCCUUUAUCCCCAGAAAUCACUUUACAAAGAACAAACUUAAAAUAAUAAAAUAAAAUUAAAUUAAAAAAAGCAAAACAUAAACAAAACACAACAAAAUAAUAUAUAAUAAAAAAUAAAAAUAUAGCUGCUGGCCACCACAGACAGUCAUAUAUCAUUUAGUUCCUAAGUUACAAUUCAGUUAAUGCCACUCAACAAACAACAACAAAAUUACAAUGGUAUGGCAAUCAGAUAUAACUGAUACUGGCUUUAAUUAUUCUUUAAUGUUAAUAAGGUUGAAGAUGAUUUCAUUCUUUGUUUUUCUGGAGCCUCUAGACAUUUAGCUCACACAUCCCUGUCGAAGUCACUAAAAUAAAAAAAUAAUAAUAAUAAUUAAAGGAAAAAUGGAAAGAAAUGUAACCCUAUCAUUGACUGUUUGAAGUGUUAUAGUCACCCUAAUAUUCAUCAAAAACAUUCAAAACUAAUUUUGAAAAAAAGCAAGAAGAUCCCCUUUCAAAUUAUACCAAACACAACAUUACUAAACGUUGACAAAUUACUUUAAUCUGUCUCUAAUAUUCAUGUUUUUAUUGUUAAAAUGAGAAUAAUCAGGCUUCUUUUCUGACUCUAGCCAACUCGGCCGGAUCGCGGCUGGCUGGUGAUGCCUUUUGGUAAGAACCCAUGGUGGAUUUAUCUCGCCAGCUUUGUGCCAGCCCUGCUCGUCACUAUCCUCAUCUUCAUGGACCAGCAGAUUAGUGCUGUCAUUGUGAACCGCAAGGAGAACAAACUCAAGGUAGGACUGCUACCUUUGUGAAGACAAAACUGUAACACUGGCAAAAGAAUCAAAUAAUGUAAUAAAAAAAUACUAAUAUGGACGGAGAAUGUCGCAGGAAGCGUAACGUUUGUCUUUACUCUUUUUUUUUAUUUGGUAUUCUUUGCUGACGCUCUCUUUUAAUUCUAUAUUAAAAUGUAUUCUUUGGGACUUUCCUGUUUUAAGGAGACCUUUGCAAGAUAUUACUUUAAUGCUAACAAAGCCUUCUUCAUCUCUUGGCAGAAAGGUUGUGGCUACCACCUUGAUCUCUUCUGGGUGGGUGUCUUGAUGGCCGCCUGCUCCUUUCUGGGCCUGCCCUGGUACGUGGCUGCCACUGUCAUCUCCAUCGCCCACAUUGACUCCCUGAAGAUGGAGAGCGAGUCCAGCGCUCCGGGAGAGCAGCCUCAGUUCCUCGGGGUCAGGUUGGUGGAAAGUAGAAUAAAAACGCAGAGAACAUAAAUAUUAAGGGACGCAGAUGAAGGAAAGGAUCUCCUUCAGAAAUACCUCCCAGAGUGUGAAACUGAUUCAGAGUGUUUUUAACCUUUUUUUUAAACAGAGAACAAAGAAUGACAGGCAUUCUGGUGUUCGCUCUGACCGGGGUCUCCAUCUUCCUUGCUCCUGUACUUAAGGUAGGACGUAAAGCAUGAGCAACACGUGGCUUUUUCAGUUGUUUAGAACAGAGUGCAAAACUGUCCAAAUUCAGGUCCAGGUGGAGGCUGUUUUUACUCUUUACAACACCAAUAACAUUGAGUGUAUUGAUAGAUGAACAGCUGGUCGUGAAGCCAAUGUAUCAAUGCCAUCUUGUCAGGGUCUGCUGUGUAGAAAUUGCCCGCUGCAGCUGUAGUGUUGACAGUUCCCUGGUUAAGACCUCUUAGGUUGAUUCAGUCUACAGCAGAACAGCUUCAUAUGUCAGUUUGAAGCAGGGAGGAUCAUGGAUAGUUUAAUGGCGUGAGUGUUUGUCUCUAGACCCCUUUUUUCCAUAUCUCUUUGACUCUGAUAAUCGCAAACAGGAAUGAGUUUUAUUUCUUGAAACCAAAAGUAGUAGUGCAAAAGUAGUUCGGACUUAAGUUCACAGCACAAAUACUUUGUCUUAACUUUGAUGCUGAGUACAAAGUCAGCUCACGUCCCUGCUUUUCAAAUCACCUGGCGGGGUAAGCAGCAUGUGCAUCCUUGUUAAACUAUGAAGAAAAGGUUGGUAACUUGUACCGUCACCGUCAGUGGUGUGACAUGAGAAUGGUAUGUGGAAAAAUGCUCCCAAGAAUCAAAAAAUAGAGUUUAAAAAUCAGAUUUUGACAAUUUUCCUGUUUUGAACAGUGAUCAAAAGCAUGUUUUCUGGUCUUCUUGUUUGCAGUUUAUCCCCAUGCCUGUUCUGUAUGGUGUUUUCCUCUACAUGGGCGUAGCUUCCCUCAGCGGAAUCCAGGUAAGUUGAGUAAUAGCUAUUAGAGACCUCACUAGUUAUACAGGCUUGAGGCAUAAAGAUUAGUGCAAAGCUGCCCAAUAAACAAACAAACAAAAAGCCUGUUGGAUAUGUCAGAUAAGGCCUGACUGACAUAAUUAAAGGGAUUGCAUGAGCUCUGAAUAAACCAUAAUACACAUUGGUGCUGGAGCAGGUAUUCAACUCUAGGCUAAAUAUGAAUAAUGCAUAUUUUGUUUAACAAUUAGAACUUUAAAAUAAAGAUUUCUCUUCUGUCUUUGUCAUUCUCCACAGUUCUGGGACAGGAUCAAGUUGUACCUGAUGCCAUCCAAACAUCAGCCGGACUUCUCUUACCUCCGCCAUGUUCCUCUGAGGAGAGUACAUCUAUUCACGCUGGUCCAGAUUAUUUGUCUCGCUGUCCUCUGGGUCCUGAAAUCCACCUUCUUGGCCAUAAUCUUUCCUGUCAUGGUAUGCGCAUACAUAAAAUACAUAUAUGUAUAUACUUUUUUCCUCUUUCACGAAUACAUCUGAUAGGACAGAACUUCAUUUUGCACUUCCUGUCAGUCUGCUUUACACCAAGACUCUCCACAUUACUCCACCUCCACAGUCUUUUCACCUGUUUUAAUGCACACAGUUCUUAGUGGUCACAAACAUGCAUUUUGUUGGGAUUUCAAACAAGGCCGACCUCUCUGUUUAUCUCUGCUUGGAAACCUCCAGAUCCUGGGGCUGAUGGUUGUCAGAAAGAUGCUGGACAUGGUCUUUUCCCAGCACGACCUGGCCUGGCUCGACGACCUCCUGCCUGAGAAAGAGAAAAAGAAGAAGGAUGAUGAUAAAAAGAAGGGGAAGGACAAGGACAAGGAGAAGAAGAGGGCAAAAACAAAUGACAGUGAGGAGGAGGUGAGAAACUUCGUCUUCUACUGCCCCCUGGUGGUUUGAAAAAUCAUAACUUCACUUUUUGAUGAUCUGCAAUCUUUCAGGGAGUUAAAAAUGAGAGAAAUGCAUCGUAUAAAACGUGUUGUGGAUUAAUUAAUCUAAACUCAGUGUAAAGUAUUAAGAUCCACGCCUGUUAAGGACAAGAUGUUAGUAAUUUUGUCUCGAUUAAAGAACCUCUCAAAGUCAUCAUGGCUGAGGACUAAAGGAGGACACAGCUUAAUCCAUCUGUGACUGUCUGUCAGCCCGACUCCAGCGGUGAAGGCGGUUUAUUCUGCCUUGACUAAUUCAAUCAGACUUGCCCAAAACAAUUUCUAAUUAUUGAUGAAGCCCGCACUGUUUAUGGACUCCAACUCGACAGCCAGUGGUUCAAUGAUUAGACGUCUCAUCACUCAUCCAGUUUGGCAGGAGCUCAGAGAAAAUUACAGUCUAGUCAUUUCCACUGACGUGACUUAUUUAUCCAAUCUGUCCAGUCAUCUUUGUGCCCGUGUUCACGUACGUCUCUGUAUUCAUUUACUUGCAGGAGAAGUGCCACACCUACUCAAACCACUCGCCGAGUUCAGAGUCAGACUUGGAUCGCAGGUACUGUGUCCUCAAACUGCACAUCCCCUACAAAGAUCUUGUCUAUCCUGAUGUUGUACAGUCUCAGUGGGGGGCAUACUGCCAGCCUGCUGCCACAAACUAGGCUCUUUAGUACACUCAAAACACACACACACACACACACACACACACACACACACACACACACACACACACACACACACACACACACACACACACACACACACAUGCACACACAUAUCUGUAUAUAGACAUGGACAAAUACUUAUGAUGGGUCUGUGUGAAUAGGAAAUUCUCAUUAUAACCUGUUAUUUAAACGAUGCAUAGAUUAUACAGAUGUACAGUAUAUAAUGUCCCUCACCUUUAGUGGUACUCUGCUAUUUGGGUAUAAUAGAGAACAUGUGAUGACAUAUGGCAUCCAGAUUCUGACUUCAUCAGUUCAAACAAGGAAAUGCUGAGCAAUUUAAUGGGCUCUAUGCACAGCUCCACUACUUCCUGAACUUAAAGGUAUAUUCCGGCGUAAAAUUAAUUUAGGGUCAAACACACUGUACACAAGUGUUUAACUGCCUGUUACACUAGCAUGCAGCCUAAGUAUUGCUGGCCCUGCUAGAGGCUAAGGUAAGGCCUGAAGGGAAAGCAUGGUUCAGAUGGCUGGAGAGGGACAGUGUACCAUGUCUCAUAGGACAGCACUUACUAUUAUUUACUAUUAUUUUAGUUUCUAUUUUGUUGUGUUUCUUUUAUUUUAUGGAGAUAACAAUCAUUUUAAACUACUUUCAUAACUUCUUUGUGAACUGUGUUGUAGGGAAGUCAGAAACUGGGAUUUUGCCAAUGUCUGGUAUGUUUUGCCUCUUUUUUUGGCUGUUGUGGAUACCAGUAUAUGCAUAGACUUUUCCAACCUUAUUCCAGAUACCAUAUGUCUCUCAUAUAGAAACAUUAUAGUGGGAUCUGUAUAAAUUAGAAAUCAAGUGAAGGUGCAAACAAAGCCCAACCAACAGGGGUCACUAUACUGACCUGACAUAAUUGCAGACAUGACAUAUUCUAAUUAUCAUCAUUAUUAUUUCUGUGGUUGUUGAUUGAGUACAUGCUCUCUUUUCGAAGCGGGCAUCCAUAGUUGCGCAGAGAUUGGAUUCAUAUAUAAAAAUGCACUCAUAGUCUUACUGAUUGUAAUGUUCAGAUCACUCUCCUCUCCAUGCACUUUAAGGCAAUGCAGAUCAUCAUAUUGUUAUUUCUGUAUAAUCAUCCUGCCACUCUCUCUGCCAUGCAGUCUAUGAGCCAUGCAUCUAUUUUGCAUUAUCACUUGUUUUGAAGCAGCGACUGUAAAGUGAAAAGUGAUGAUCUGAAAUGCAUGAUCUCUGUUUUCUAGCACUUGGUCAGGGACUUCUUACAAAGGAGUUAAAAAUGAUGUGUGGUGUAUUUAGUCUGUUGUAUAUGUGGUAUAUAAAGGUGAUUUAUGAUAGGUCAGUUUGUGUACAACUGUAUAAUUAUCCACAUGCAACAAGCAUCAUUGUUUUGGUUGUUUCUUUUUCUUCAUGUGCUGAUUUUCCUCAGCACAGUCAAUCUGUGAUACUCACACAUGCAUUUGAAAUGUGGCCUAUUUGCUCUCUGGAUCACCCUCACCUGCAGCAGCAGCAGUUUCAGUGACAAGUGCUCACGCUGAAAGUGCAGCUGAUUAAGGUGUUUCCCAACACGCCAAACAUUAGACCGUAAAUACUCUGUUGGACUGUGCUUUCUAUCGAAGGGUGGGAGAGGGGGCGGGGAUUGGGGGGUGAAAACCCAUCAAUUCUGCAUUGCUUGAAAGAGGCAUGGUUAGGAACUGACAAACUGUUACUGAUGACUGAUUAGUAUCUUGAUUUGUGAGCUUUAAAAACUUCAUGGUCAGAAAAUAAAAAUUAACCAUGAGGGUGAUUUUUCUGUUUCACUGUAGCUUUAGUAUAGCGAUAUCCCAUUUCUUGAUAAGGGUCCUUCAUUUAUCUUAGUUAUCUGAAAUACUGUACCUCUCUUUCUUUAUGCUGUUUAAACAUAGUUCAGUUUUUUGGCCAAAGGCAGAUUUGUCAUCUCGCUCUCCUCCAGAUACGGUUUCAGACUGUGGCUUUAUUUUGUCUAUCGGGCUUAAGAUUUGCAAAGAGCCACAUUAAAUGUUUUUAAAGUUCAUGACAUGAAACCCUCCCAGCCUCAGAGUGUCCUGGUUUUCAGUCCACAGCAGCUCAUUUCACUCCUUAGACCCUUUUUUCCCUGCUGCUGUGAAGAACCGGCCUUCAUGGUUGAGCUCUUCCACCCUCCCAGCCUUUCCUCCCUCAGCCCUCCAGUGUUUUAAGUAUGGGUGUGUAUGGUAACCGGAGCUUGCCCUUCCUUAGCAUCACUCUCCACCUGAAGAUCUCCUGUCCAUCAUCUCCUGCUGUGCCGAUGGGCCGAGGGAUGGCCUGUCCCGUUCCCCAGGUCAAGAUUGAGAUGGAGUCAGACUAUGACUCAGACCUCGACCACCACCGCCCUCGGGACAUGAGCAGUGAGACCACGUUAUAGAGCUGAACCUCGACGUCUUGUUGACUGUGCAUUGACUGAAUAAUGCACAGCUGGGAUUGGGC